AGACAUAUCUGAAAAACAGAUGAACUACAAAACAACACACAUUACAGAAUUACAUACAGAAACGCUUACGGUCAGUCGACCAAUGAUAGAGAACUGCAGUUCCCAUGAGUCAGUGCGUCACUCCUUCUACCCACAAACAAAGAGCUGCGCACACAGCCCUGGGGGCUUUAUAGAGGAGACAAACGCAUUAUUCUUUUUUAACAAAAUAUCACAGUUUCAGCUAACAAGAUGCUAGCCAAGGCACGUGUUACCGCAAAAAACAAAAAAGCUGUCCUCCGAGCCCUCGCGUGAUUUCACGCUUCCGGAAGUUAGAACCGCACGAGAAAGAGAGCUAUCCGAGGUGCUGACACGACUUUGGCAAGAUGGAUGAACAUCAAGAUUCACCACCCUGUGUGACCAACACCCCCAGCAGUAAACCUGGCAGCGCUGCACAAUGCAACGGGGUCCAAGAGCGCCGAACCAUCCUGCGGGUGUCUGAGUCUCACGGACUGCAGCUCUUGGGCGUGCUCAGAUCACUCAGGGAACGAGGACUGCUGUUUGACUUCACCAUUAAGGUUCAGGAACACAGCUUUCCCUGUCACCGCUGUGUUCUUGCAGCAUGUAGUGAUUUCUUCAGGGCCAUGUUCGAGGUGGAUAUGAGAGAGCGUGACGAUGGUUCAGUAACUCUGAGAAACCAGUGUCCAGAGGUCGUGGGUUCUUUUCUGGACUUUGCCUAUUCUGGAGAGAUACUCAUCACCGAUGGCAACGUAGACAUGUUGUUUCAGCUUGCCUCUUUUCUCCAGGUGUCAGUCUUGUCCAAAGCAUGCAGUGACUUCUUGAUAGGAACCAUGGAUCUCUGCAACUGUCUGUCCCUCCUGUCCCUUGCCGAGGGGUACGGCUCAGUCUCGCUUCUCAAAAGUGCCAAUGAAUUUGUGAUUCAAAACUUCUCUGACCUUUCGGAAACCACGGACUUCCUAGACAUGCAGGUAAAGGUGUUGGAGGACUGCCUAAGAUCAGACGCUCUAAACGUGCACAGUGAAGAGGCUGCUGUGAAGUCGCUUCUUAGCUGGAUUCGCCACGAUCUCCCAGGAAGACAGAAGCUGUUACCAAGAUUGUUGACUUUAACCCGACUGCACCAUCUGCCCUCGCCUGCACUAAAGCUUCUCUCUCAGACUCUGCGUGAUUCGGAGUCACUCCUACGUGACGACGAGGCCUGUCUCUCUCUGCUGUCAGAGGCCCAGGGCAGACAGGCUCAGUACGACGGCCUGCUCACCGACGCCAGGCCCGCCACCACACAGAGCUACAUCUACAUCCACAAGACGGAGGAGAAUGGAGAGAUCCGCCACACCUUCUGCUACUCUCUGGAAACAGACCAUUGGAAGGAGCUGGGCAGGGAGCAGGGAGAGGAGACACCCACGAUGCCAGACCCACCAGGGUCUUACCUCACCAGCUAUGCAGAGAAGAUGUUUGUCACUGGUGGUUGCCGGGGGAACUGUUGCCGGGCAAUCCGUCUCCACGUGGCCGAACCAUUCCACGAUGCCACUGACGAGGUUUGGUGCUUCUGUCCUGUGACCUUAACCUGCACGCCUGCACCGGCCCUGCUGAAGCCCAGGACCAUGCACACGGCCGUGACCUGCCUGGAUCGAGUCUAUGUUAUUGGGGGGCGGACAAAGGGAUCCAGAGGGGGGGCUCCCAGUUUGUUGCAAGUGGAGUAUUAUAACCCCUUGACUCAGACCUGGGUCUCCGUCAGCCCCCUGCCCACUGCCAUCUUCUACCCCGAGGCCAGUGCCUGUGGCAGUGUUAUCUACACGCUGGGGUCCGUGGUGGAGAUCACAGACUCUUUUAACCCCUCGCUUGACUGCUUCUUCAGCUAUGACGCGCAAGAGGACCAGUGGAGUCGCCUGGUGGCCGAGUUCGGCCAGUUCUUUCAUGCUACACUGGUCAAGGCUGUGUCAAUUCAUAACACGCUGCACCUCUGUGACCUGUCCACUUACAAGGUCUACAGUUUUUGCCCGGAGACCUGUGUGUGGAAGGGUGAAGGGUCGUUUGAAUGUGCUGGGUUCAACGCUGGAGCAGUGGGCAUGAGAGACAGAAUCUUUAUUCUGGGUGGAGACUAUUCACCCGAUGAGAUCACUGAUGAGGUUCAGGUGUACUACAGUGGGAGGAGUCAAUGGGAGGAGGUGGCGCCGAUGCCCAGAGCGCUGACCGAGUUCCACUGCCAGCUCAUCAGCUUCAACAGAUACAGAGACCCGUGGGGUGACGCCCAAUGAUUCACUGCGAACACGCACACACGUGUUUCCCUUGUGUUUCAAACCCGAGCGCAUGAUGGACAUUUAACACCUCGUAAGAGAAGAAGGACAAUCUUCGACUAACACUGCAUCUCCUCCAAGAGAUCAUCACAAUGGCCAAAUGAUUAAUUUAUUUUUUUAUUUGAUCCUUAAAGCGAAUGUGUGAAGCAUCUGUUGUCAUAGUAUCAUUGUUGUGUCCGUCUAAAUAUGGCUUCUCCCGUGGAGGAACCCUGUUGAACAGAUGAUUAUUUUAGAAAUCCUAUUUUACUACCUGAUUUUUUUAUUUUAUUUUUUUGACUGCUGGAUUUACACUCCACUUAAAGAAGUCACAUUAUGAGUACAUUCACCAGCUCUCCUACAGCCCGAACAGAUGAAAUGAUGUACAUACGCAGAUGUUCCUCCGAAGGAUAGACUUUAAACUUUAUUGUCCCCUUGGGGAAAUCCUUUUUCACAGCACCACCUCCGUUGCACAUAGUCCACCACAGUACAAAACAGAACUGAUGUACGGUAAACACAAGAGAGACGAAUAUUAUUUUCUAAGAAAGAAAGAAACAAAACAGAAAUGUGUAAAGAGAAAUAGUAAAGCCAUUUUAAUUUAAACUUAAAUUGGCAUCUCUCCAAUUCCCCUCAUUCAGCGUUAGUGGCAUUCCUGUUAAUAUGCCACCAGAUUAUAUUUUCUUCAGAGACCAGCAACUACCAACAACCCAGUUACAUAAAACAUAAUGAGCAAGGUUUCUACAACCAAAGCCAUCUAAGAUUUACUUUAUCGCUAUCUUUAUCGCUCUAUCUAUAAAAAUCAUACAUUUUCCUAUUCUAUCCUUCAUUGGGGAAUUUCCGUAUUAUUUUCAGCAAUUUCCCUCCCCCUUUCUUUCCAGCUGUAGAAGAGCUGCUAAAAUGCAGCGCUAUUUAGAAACUGACCUAAAACAUUCCUGUCAGUACUACCUUCAAAAUGCUUGGCUUUUUUCUGCUCCCACACUGAUUUAUGACCCUGCAUGCUCCGUCUCUCCUCUCAUGAUGCGCACAACCGUUCAGUGUUUGUUUGACAACAUCUCGCCUGUCAGCCAUAGAGAAACCGCUUCUGAGUCCUCAAGGAGAAAAAAUACGGGCUUCACGUGAAAUCAAAUCGUGAAAUGCAUAACAAGUCUGCGCCAUGAAACGGGAAGCAAGUCCAACAAGCUACAGGCUGUUUAAAGGCAAGAAGUGAACAUAAACGUGCUGCUUCAA